AUGUCGUACAUGCUACCGCAUCUCAGCAAUGGCUGGCAAGUGGACCAGGCAAUUUUGGCCGAGGAGGAUCGUGUGGUGCUGAUUCGCUUCGGCCAUGACUGGGACCCAAGCUGCAUGCGCAUGGAUGAGACAUUGUACAAAAUAGCGAACAAAGUGAAAAAUUUUGCUGUGAUUUAUCUGGUUGACACAACGGAAGUGCCGGAUUUCAACAAAAUGUACGAAUUGUACGACCCAUGUACCGUGAUGUUCUUCUUCCGCAACAAACAUAUUAUGGUCGAUUUGGGU